AUGUCCGUGGGGACCACUCCCGGGGGAACGACACCCGCGGCGACGACCUCGGCGGGAACCACACCCGAUUCGGAGAGAGAUGCUGAAUUCCAGGAGCAUGAAAAGAUUCUGUCUCCAGAUUUUCUUUCAGUUGCUCAAAUCACUGAAAUGCUAGCAGAGGACGUAGAUGGAGUUCAACAAAAACUGAAAAAGUUUUUGAAUUUCAAAAACCUUCACACCUGUUUAAAGGAAGCCAUUCUACUGGAUUAUUAUGUAUCUGGAUUUUUGUGGGCUAGAGGAAUGGAAUUUUCUGUUAUUCAAUAUUCAAAAUUUAUGACUUUACUAGAUAUGUUACUUCAUAAUCUUAGAACACUGCAUAUGUCCUUGGAAGACAGCAUAAAAUGGCUUGGAGAAGUUAUGGCUGAAAUAGGACCAUCCCAUUCACAGAAAAAUGAGGAAUGGAAUGUCUUUAAUAUAAAACAAGCCAAUGCUGUCAUCGAUUACUUAAAAAUCAGCUUAUUUCAACACUACAAGCUAUAUGAGUUUCUAUUCUACUCUACCAGGGAAGAAAUUGUGAUAGGAACUGAGCAAGUGUUAGAGGUUGUCAAGGCUUCACGUGGUCUCUUUCCGGAUCCUCUAGAAGAAGGAAUCUCAUUUGAUAUUUAUUCAACAUUCAUAGAGCCACCUCCAACAUUGGAUACAGAAAUGAAGGGAUUGGAUCAAGAACAAGGCCCUGAGGAAUCCCAGUCAGAAGCCAACACUUCCGACGUGGAUCCUUUAGUGGGUUUCACCAUCAAAGAUAUAAAAGCAGUUCUGGAUCAAGUCACAGAUGAUAUUUUAAUUGGCAUUCAGACCGCGAUAAACGAAAAGCUGCAAAUACAGGAAGAGGCCUUUAAUGCACGAAUAGAAAAAUUGAAAAAGGCCUGA